GAGCCAUCCAAAAAAGUCAAGUCACCUUGUGUUCUGAAAACUUGUUGAGUCUAUAAAAUAUGAUCCAAGUUUUUCUCCUAGUCUAGAUAUAAACGAUCACUCGAUUUGGUUUACUCUUACAAAAAUCAGUGGAAAUGUAUGUUACGAGGUGUUUGUCAGAGUACCAGAGAAAUCCAGCAGAGCUAAGACAGCCUCCUCCUGAGGGUCCAAACUCUGGAAUUUUGGUAAUACAAGACCAACACUCACAGACACGUCCAUGUUGCUUCGGCUUGUGUUUGGUUGUGGACUCGUAUCUAAGUGGUUUGCCCUUGCCGCAAAAUCUUAAGCUAGCAGCCAGAUUCAAUGCUGGAGAAGAUGACGCUACUUGUGACCCAGUUGUCUUCAUUCCUGUUCUCAAUAAGCCUCUAUCUUCAAACUGUUACUACGCUAUCAAACGAGUGGGGAAGCAUUCAGGAGAAGCGCCUGCUAGUGGGAAAGAGGAAGACAGAGUCCCGUGCUGCUUUUGCUCUAGUUAUGUUCCUGAAGCCAAACCAAAACAGCUAGAUCCUUAUGACAUGUAUCAACAAUUCAUGAUCCACCAAAAGAAACCAUCCUCGCGCUACUACUACGCGACAUCUGUUGCGCCUGACGGAGUCUCACCAUGGUUCCUUAAGAAAAAUAAGUGGACAGUCGAAUACUCAAGGUUCCAAGACUUUGAACUGAAAGAUGAUGCAAAAGGACUAAACACAGAGCUUCGUACCGAGCUUCCCGGUCUUGGUAUGAGUGUUGUGGUUGGGAAGUGGUACGUCCCUUUUAUAUUUGUGAAGGAAAGAGACGUAGAGGAUCAGAUCAAGAGAUCGAUGUACUACAGCAUGACUCUUGAACAAAGAUGGGAAGAAGUUUUCUCUUAUGAGAAGGAUAAAAGCCGAAACUAUGAUGUUUUAGUUGAUGUAGAGUUAGAUACUGAAGUUGUUAAGGUUGAUGGACAAGAGAUUUCAAGAGGUGUGGAAGCAAAUGGGUUUGUCUGGUUUGCGGUUGGAGACAAAAAGAUUGGUUUAGGAUCAGUUGUUGUUGAGAGGAUGAAAUGGGAAGAAGAGAGAUUCGGGUGGACUGGCAAAGGCGACAAUGAGCGAUCAAUGGUAGCUAAGAGAUUGGAGAAAUCAACAGAUGGUAGCUUGUUGAAGAAUCGUCAUUGUUAUGUUCUGGUAGAGUGCUUUGUCUUGAAGAGAAUGGAUGAGAGUUUGGUCUUAACAUAUGAGUUUACACACGUCGAUAAGCUCAAAACCAAAUGGGAUUAAGCUUAUCACGCAACGAAUCUGCAAAUGCUUUCUUAAUGAUAAUGACGUGAACUUCCAUUGGUCAGUGUGAUUAAUCUACGUACAAUUGUAGUAUUUGGUUAUUAUCUUAAGCUUUUCUAUAAAAUAUUGAGUUUUCUAUGUCUUCUAAGAACUCAUCCACAGAAGAUUCUGUCAAACUUCAGAUUGGUUCAAAGAAACAAUUAUACUUAUAAACAAUAGCUUGCACGUUCUUAUGAUCUUUUCUCUUAUAUAAACG